GUAUAUAGCAGAGGAAUGUUUGACAUUCUGCUCACGCUAUUUUAAAUCUGUUGAAACUGCAUUCAAUCGGCCUGUAAGGAAUGUUGAGGAAUCCAUGGGUGCGGUGGUAAGCAUUACACUAGAUUCAAAUUCAUGGAUCCAAGCACAUCGUUAUGUGUUAUUCAAUUGUGCAGAAAUAACCCCAUUUCGCGAUAUACACAUAGCGGAGAUCAAGGCUGGUUUGCCUUUUGAUGUGAGUGAUAAUGUUAUUCAAAAGCAGCAUAUAGAGGAAUUCUGCAGUUGGUUUAGGGAAUAUGUGAUGUCAAUGGAUGCCUCUGAGAGAAAGGAACUCUCUGAUAAAGUUAGAUGGUGUUCUCGAUAUCCAGAUAAUGAAGCAAAACGGUUCAAGCGUUAUGUCCUAAAUGGUUUCAAGUUUCGCACCAAAGAUUCUGAGACAGCUAGGAAAACUCAAAAUAGUGGAGUUUGUGUUGUUACUGAAGGUGGUGCUACUUAUUAUGGUGUACUAAUCGAUAUUAUUGAGUUAAACUAUUCUGAUAAGUAUCGAUAUGUAUUAUUCAAAUGUCAAUGGGCUGAUGUUAUUAGUGGGAGAGGAUGCAAAAAAGAUGACUUUGGAUUUCCCCUUGUUAAUUUUUCAAGAUUGAUACACACGGGUGAUCGAUUGAUUGACGAACCUUAUGUAUUAGCAUCUCAAGCUUUGCAAGUAUUUUACGUGGAGGAUGUGAGACAUAAAGAUUGGAUGGUGGUGGUCAAAACAAAACCUAGAGAGGUGUUUGAUGUUGGUAUUGAAGUUGUAGAUGAUGAUGAAGAAGUGGAUACAUAUAUGGAGAAUGUCCCUUAUAAUGUAACUACUGAUGAUGCAUGUGAUGAUGCAAAUGACAAUCAUGCUUGGGCUCGAGUUAAUGAAGAAGGAACCAUUUAUGAUACACCAUUGAUUAGUGAGGAUGAAUUGCUUGAACAAGAUUUUAUUGAUGAUGAAGAGCUUAGUGAUGAUGUUUAUCAGUCUACUGAUGAUGAGUCCAAUGAUGAUGAAUCUAGUGAUGAUGACUUUAGUGACUUUGACUCUUGAAAUGGGAAAACGAAAGACAAAGCUGCGCACUCGUUCCAAGAGUGUAACAUUGGAAAGAGCUUCUUCAC